AUGACCUGGACUCGCAGUUCACGCUCUGGGCGUCCCGACGUAGCUGUCAGCCGGCGCAAUGCCAAUCGCCUCUCACAAAUCGCCGCGACCCGUACACGAACGCUUCCCAGACCAAACUAUGCAGAGGAAUCCACUGAAUCCGGUGAUGAUUCAGACGCGCAAUCUGCCGUUGUCUCCCAAUCCGCCGAAUCGGGUCUAAAAAGCGACCUUGAAUCAAGCAUGAGCCCUCUGGCAGAAGAGCGAGCGUCACGACUGGGCGAUCGAAGGAAAAGACUUGAGCAUUUUGAAUCGGCUUCAAGCAAAAAAUUCGUCAAGAAAAAAUCCCGUACGACUUCUGGAGCCGCUGGCACUUCCAAAGCCAGCUCAAGUCGUGGAAAGCGAAGCCGCCCAUCACCACCAUCGACUUCCAAGAGGCGAAAACUGUUGGCACAGGGCAUUGCGACCGGAAGCCACAUCCCAGAUGAGUUCAUUCCAGACUGGCGAGACCCUCGAGUCCCAUUCCAGUGUUGGACAGAUAUUUUUCUGUACGCGGCCAGAGAAGGAUCUACCGAGGUACUUUCAAACAGUUGGCUCAUACAAGCCGCUACCACGUGCAGAUUAUUCGCAGAACCUGCACUGACUGCUAUUUAUCGUUGCCCAACCAUUAAAAAUACUGCCAAGGCGAAACGUCUAGCAGUCCUGCUUGAACGCCCCUCUUCAGAGACUCUAUACAACUAUCGCGUAAAGGUCGAGGCGCUGCACAUCAACGUUCAGAUUGUGCCACAGCCGCUCCUAUUUCAGCUGAUCAGCCCACUUAUUCGCCUUAAAGAGUUGAUUAUUUUUACCCCCAUGGAUCAACCUCCCUACCGAGAGUUGGACAUGACACUGCGUUGGCAUUACUCAGAAGACAUCUUCCGAGCGCUGGACGGCGCUGCCACCGAGUCCUCUCUGAUUGGCGACAAGCCAUUUCCGACUGCCCUGAAGAGCUGGGAGUGGAGCGGUAGAUUUCUUGGAGGAUAUGUUCCAACAAUCGAGGCUAUAUCAGGUCUCCAUAAGACGCUACCAUUCUCACAGCUCACUAGACUGAGCUUGACCAAUUUUCAAGUGCCCUCACUGAAGCACCUGCAAAUAAAACCCGACUCCGAAGAAAAAGAACUACAGACAUAUGAAAUGGAUGGCGCUACUAUACAGGCUGUGGCACAAGCCAUCUCGGCCCUCGCCUCGCUGAAACAUCUCGUUUUUGAAUCCUCGACCGUGCUCAACGACCGGCUGCUUCCUCUUUUACCAAAGAGUCUUGUUCAUUUUGAACUGAUCAACUGCUGGGAGGUUAGGUCCGAAGAUCUGUCUUCAUUUCUGUGCACCCAUGGCAGCGAGCUUAAGACGUUGACCCUGAUGCACAAUCAGUCACUUGAUUUGGGUUUCCUCACAAACUUGGCCGAUACGUGUCCCAAGUUAAGAAAAUUACACAUAAACCUGUCAUACUAUCGACAUCACGACUGUAUCAACGAUGCUGAUCCCAUGUACGAUCAAGUAUUGCUACCAUCUCAGAUUCCGAGGUGGCCUUGUGGUCUACGAGUGCUCAAUAUUGAGCAUAUUCGGGACUGGUCAAUGGAAACUGCCGAGAUUUUCUUCCAGUCAAUCAUCGACAGCGCACCCUUGCUACCAGAUCUGCGAUAUCUUGCAAUAAAAACAAUGCUUGACAUUCCUUGGCAAGCACGUGCUACCAUGCGCCGAAAAUGGCGCGACAAGAUGAAACGGGUUUUUCUUCGACCUUUCGUGCCCCCCAAUUCUCACACAACACUGCGUCAACCAGAUGAGGAUGAGGCGGCUCUGUCGAUGGAAACAGCCGAGCCGCCAGCGUCCACAUCGCCCUCCCGCCGAAGCAGCAGGAUUGCCUCCCACAGCCAAGUCUACGAGAUUCGAGGUCGGCAUGGCAAAUCUAUGCGUCAUCAGCCUGGGAGCAUCUCCUACAAAGAGCCCGACACGGACGAUGAAGAGUUUGAUUUCCCGGAAGGAAAAGCCGCGGAGAAGGAUAUUAUGGAGAGUAGCACAAGCGCCACGAAUGUUUCGUCAGUCGAUCAGGACACAUCUGGCGAGGAAUUUCUGCAUGGAAAAUGCACAACCGUUAACGUCUUGUUUGACAAUCAAAAAAUACGCGAGUUCCAAUACAGCAUGGAGGACUUUGGCUCUGAAGAAUCGGACUCGGAAGAGGAGUGGGACGGCGACUACGAAGAUGAUGAGCAUGUCGUGGUCUUCUAG